CGGCCAAAGGUUACUUCUUUUAAUUCCGAGCAAUGAGAACCAUAUGGAAAACUGGCAGGCGACAGAACAAUGAAAAAUAAUUUCCUCAAAUACUUGUAAAUUUUUUCUUUUUGGAAGAUGGUAUUUUGAUCACAACGUUGAAAUUACUGUAAUCAAUUUGGAGUUACUGUCAUAUACGCUAAAAGCUCUCGUGGUUAAAUCGUGAACUGGAGUUAUAAAGGAAUUCUGGUAAUUUGGCUUAGGAUAUUCUGUCCCAGGAAUAGCCGGAAUACGACACAGUAUAUACAUGCAAUUAAAAUUCUAUCAAUACUUCUGAGCAUCGCUUUGCACUUCGCGUGAGCUGCGUGUGUGUGUAAAAUUAACUCGUUUGCAGCUGUUCCUAAGUGAAGUGUUUCAAAGUCACGUUUUGUUGUUCGAAAGUUGAUUGCUGAAGUGUUGAUAAUUCCUUUUCUGACCGUGCCUUCCAGAUUGGUAAAUUACGUAAUUAGCGACAGUCAUAUCGCGACUUCAGUGGGCAGGAGAAGAUCGUCUAACUUCGUUGUUCCUUCUGAGAGUUAAAGGCGAAUAGACUGGUUUCUAUUUUGGUCAGUGAACUGCAGUAUCUCUCGCGAGCAAACAUCUCGUGCAGUGGAAGAAAAAUGGCAGCUGUGGUUUAUGUAAAUCAUAUCACAGGUGGAAAAAAGUUAUUUUAGUCGGAGGAAGAGUGUUUGGGAAUUCAGAGGACGUCACGCCAAGUGUUGUGUGCGAGUCUUGUUUAUUUCGUGUCCUGUGUGUGUUCUGGCCGCCACUUGCGUUUCCAGAGGCAAAGGAGAAACCGUCUUCUGUCGAGAUUACACCUCCACAAGCUCAGUUGCAUAGCUUGUAGUUGGUGUUAAAGGAUCUCUGGAAAUCGUUCCAGUUUCUUGCUGCUCUUCGAAUUUGUUUUGACAGACGAUGAAAACGUCUGGAAUCUCGGAGAGAGCGUCCCGAGUCAGAUCUGAGAAAUUUUCAUAACGUGGUUACAUUAAAAGGGAAACAGCAUUUAUCUGAUUGGGGAAAUACAAGACCUCUGCGCAAAGAUCUUAUUCAAAAAGUUAGAGAUUUAGACAGUGGUAACUGAAUCCAAGUUCCUUGAGACUCUUUAAUGAAUUCUGCGUGAUAUAUCCACGCCUUCCUUCAAAGUGCGCCAUCUCCAUAUUUCCAUAUCUGGCUUCAUGCCUAUCAAUUAUCUAAACCAUAUCUUAAUGUAUUCAAAACCUAAACAAGCAGAUGGAUUAAGGUCUUAAAAACAGUUUGUUUUUCCUCGUCGGUGCAAACACAAGAUGAACAGCAGCACGCCGGUUGACGCACGAAAUACGACCGCGUCUGCUCAGCAUAGAUGCAUCAACAAUGUUACAAUUCUUGUCGUGCUGAGCGUGGUCCAGAUCAUAUCUGGGACGCUUUUCAACGGAUUUGUGAUAAUUGUGUUGUCCAUUGAUCGCAGGCUACGUGAAGUUCCCGCCAAUGUGAUCUUACUCAGUUUGGCAAUUUCAGACUUUCUCGCCAGUGCCGUUGUCUUACCAUAUCAUGUGUACGUUGGAAUACUUCAUGUAAACGAGAAUGAUGUGCAUCUCACCAUGCUCGUCUUCUCACUAACAGUGAGUAUGGUUGGAACAGUAAUUUUGACGGCGGAUCGAUUUCUCGCGAUUGUUUACCCAUUACGUUACAACAUAUUGGUCACCAUAUCUCGAACACGGAAUGCACUCGUUUCUAACUGGUUGCUGUCUGCAACGUACGCGUUGAUAUUUUGCGUGGCGAUGCGUGCCCGACUCCAAGGAAUCCGGUAUAUUUCAGCGCUUUUGAACGUUUGCGGGAUCCUGACGAUUCUCGUUUUGUACGCUGUUAUUUUCCGCGCAGCCUGUCGACAAAUCCGGUUGAUAAAGUCGAACGAGGGUAACAUUCGAAGGACGAGUCUCGUGGUCUUCAAGCGAACUUUAAGGUCAGCUAAAACAAGCGGAAGCAUUGUGUUUCUUUUCACGGCAAGUUAUUUACCACUCUGUGCACUGGGUGCUUACAACGAGGCCCGAUCCGUUCCGAUAUCCAUCUUCAAUGACCAUACAAUAUGGCUGCUGUGUUUGGCUUUCCUCAAUUCCAGUGUCAAUCCGCUCGUGUACUGUAUGUUUUCUGAGAAAUUACGGCACAUAAUUCUCGGAUAUUGGCGUCGCUUGGUGGGAAUGCUGGCACGUCAGAACACGUACGAUGUUCCCCCACCGUCUGUCAUAUAAUCGGGGCUGGUUUACAAUUUCUACGGAGGAAAUCUUGACCCGCGCUACCGGAUAGAGGUCGGCCUUUAACUUUAACGGGCAAGACUUAUUAUUCCAGACGAUAUGUCCGUGCAGGAUGCUAAAAAAGAGUUGUUUUGAAAUCUGACAGUCCCUUGCUACUAAAGGCCAUGUUACACGGUACAAUUUUUCUUGCAACUUGCAGUGCAAUUCUACCUUGAAGAGAUGUAAACUAGUGAAGAGUCUUCAAAAUGUGAGCGUAAGAUACGCCAC